UCCCCUCCCAGCCUCCACCACCUCCUCUCUGCUCUCGCUCACCCCGCAGCCACCUGGGCCCCCUCGCCGUUCCCUGUGCGCUUGCUGGUGGAGGGCUCCAUUCCCUGCCGCACGAGCUGCCAGGAAGGCUGCUCCCAGCACAGCGUGGCAGAGUUACCGCGAGGACAGCCCGUGUCUCUUACCACCCGAAGUCAUCAGUGACUCCAGCCAUUGCUGCCUUGUGCUGUCAAUCACAUAAAUGCUGGCACUACAGCGAAAGGGUUACCCAAGACUGUGAACGCCAGGAGGUGGGGGUCAUUGGAGACCAUCUAGGGGACCGACGACCUCCCUAGGAAGGGAUGAGGACCCCAGGGACGUCUAGUCACAGGGCUGCCAACUUUCCAUAGGUCAAUGCAACUCGAUUUACGGAAAUAAUCCUGUAAGUGGGCUUCUCAUUACCCUGGCGGGCCGUGUAUUCUCGUGUUUAGGCAGAGAGCCGCUGGGGCCCGACUUCUUGGUUCAAGUCCUAGCUCUGUCACGCACCGGCUGUGCACCUCUGGGUCUGCUCUGGUUGCCCCCAAGACACCUGGUGUGGUGAGCAGGUAGGGGACACCAGGUGCCAGGAAGGGGGGCAGUGUGGAAUAUGCCUCCACCACCCAGCACUUCUGCCUCUGCAGGCCACGCCCACUGGUGCCCAUGGCCAGCAAGGAACCAUCGCUCUCGGAUGCCUUUGGCAUUCUGGAGGCAGCAGGCGAGGGCAAACUCAUGCAUCUUAAGCACAAGCUGAAGACCCUGCGCCCGGGCUGCCCGAGGGUGGGCCUUCUGCAUGCCAUGGUGCUGCUGAAACUGGGGCAGGAGACGGAGGCCAGGAUCUCCCUGGAUGCACUGAAGAUGGACUCGGUGGCCCAGUUUGUAGCCCGCCAGUGGGCUGGUGUGGACAGUGUCGAGGCCUCAGAGGAGCCCUGGGAUAUGUCCUGGGCCAUUGCUCAGGUGUGCCACCUGCUCGCGGAGGAGAAGUUGUGCCCGGCCGCCACACGGGACCUGGCCUACCGGGCAGCCCUCCGUGUCUUCAGCUCCAGGGAAGACCACCGACUGGGGGAUCUCCAGGAGGAGGCCCGGGACCGUUGCGGAUGGGACAUCAUCAGGGACCCGGGGGGCUUCCAGCCCCUCCAUUCUGAUCUGGGGUGCCUUCCACCAUCCUCAGCAUCACCCUCCAGAACCCGCAGCCUUCCGCAGCCCAUUGAGAACCUGUCAGGGUGGAGCAGAGGGGGCUCCCUGAAGUCCACAGACAGCCCCGCCUCCGUGGUUAGUGACUUGGAAAUUAGCCAGUCACCCACCAUGCCCUUCCUCAGCCUGCCCCUCAGCAACCCUGGGCCCAGCAAGCUGUGUGUGCAGCCCCAGCCCAGAUCGGUGCCCGAGCCUGCCUGCCAGCAACCCGAGGAGAUGAGCUGGCCCCCAACAGUGGAGCCUGCCAGCCCCCAGGCACCGCCAGACAGCCCACCCCCCAGGCUUCCUGAGGUGCCCCCAGAUGCCAGCCUUGUGGGCCUGCCCUAUCCCUCAGAAGCUCCAGAAAGGAGUCCCCACUACUCUGUGGAGUGCACAGAAGUACCUGUGGCCCCCAAAUCUCUCCCCUCACCCCCCAGAAGCGCUAGGUCUGUCACGGACCAGACACCACUCCAGCUUCCUGAAGAAGACACUACUCCCCCCACGGCCCAGCCCUGCCCAUCUGCUCCCUUGGCCCCCCAAACAUCCCCUCCCUGCCCUUCCCCGUCAGCCCCUUCUUCAGCUCACCCAGGAUCCUCGAGGCCCUGCCCUCCACCUUCCAAGGUGGAGUUGCCGGAACAGAAAUUCUAUAACUUUGUGGUCCUGCAUGCCCGGGCCGACGAGCACGUGGCUCUGCGCGUGAAGGAGAAGCUGGAGGGUCUCGGGGUGUCGGACGGGGCCACUUUCUGCGAGGAGUUCCAGGUGCCGGGGCGCGGCGAGCUGCACUGCCUGCAGGAUGCCCUCGACCACUCGGCCUUCACCAUCCUGCUGCUCACCCCCAACUUCGACUGCCGCCUGAGCCUGUACCAGGUGAACCAGUCGGUGAUGAGCAGCCUCAGGCGGCACGACUGGCAGGACAGCGUGAUCCCCUUCCUGCCCGAGGAGACCUCCCAGGACCAGCUGAGCCCCGAAACCUCCAGCCUGCUCAACAGCAUGGUGUGGCUGGAUGAGAGCUCUCCAGUCUUCGGCAGGAAGGUCGCCAACACCUUCAAGUCUCAGAAGCUGCAGCUCCGCCGGGACCUCUGGAGGAAGGAGCAGGACACCCGGGCCCUGAGGGAGCAGCAGCAGCGCCUGGAGCAGGAGCGGCUGCGUGUGGGCAACCUGAGCUCCGCCUACUCCUCCUACAUGCAGAGCCAGCGCGCCCUGUGGGCACAGAUGGAGCAGUUCCAGGCCACCUUUGCCAAUUUCAUGCCCUUUGGGGCUCAGGCUGCUUCUGGGGCUCAGGUGCCCCUGGGAGGCCCGCCACCUUUUCCCACCUGGCCCAACCUGCAGCCACCACACAUGCCUUCCUGGCCAACUGGCAUCCCCCCGCCGCCAGCCUUCCAGGAGCCCCCCACCUUUCCGCAGCCCUCGCCUGUGCCCCCUCAGAGCCCUGGGCAGCAGCCUCUGAUCAUCCACCAUGCCCACAUGGUGCAGCUGGGACUCAACAACCACAUGUGGAACCAGAGAGCGACCCCGGUGCCUGAAGACAACAUUCAGGAGGCAGAAUGACCGAGUCUGGGGCUGAUGACCUUGGCGCCGGCCUCGGGCCUUGGAGAACACCCCAUCUCCAGGGCGGGACAGCUGGUGGGGCAUGGGGUCUUCUGCCACUCUCAGGACAUUGCUUGGGAGACCUUCAUCUCUUAGGAAGUCGUGCAAGAUGGGCUUCUAGGACCUUCUGGCUUUGGAGUGGCCAGAAUUGGACAUGGCAUUGACAGAUUCUCUCUCUGGUGCCGGGGCACCAGAGGUGGCAGGCAAAGGUGGCCUGGAUGGUGGUGUUGGGGGAGGGGCUGGGUAUUUUAAUUAUAAUAAAUAUUUAUUGACUGCUGCUCCAGGGCCACUGUCCUCUGGGAGACCUCCGUGAGUUGUAGCGACAAAAACAUGGCUAUGUUGCCACCCCCCCUACCACCCAGCUGCAUCUCUUCCCUCCUCCAAAAAAAGAAACCAGAAGGAAGAAGGUUGCUUCUCCCUUGAGUGGUGUGAGCUGGAAGUUGUGCACUUUUGUUCUUAUCUCAUUGGCCAGAACUGGUCACAGGACCUCUCCAACCACAAAGCAAUAUGGUAAAUGUAAUCUUUUAAUGGGCCUUGGGCCUUGUUAAAAGUCCUAUUUCUAACCAGGGAGAGAGGAGGAUAUUGGGGGACAUUAGCAGUUUCUGCUGUUGCUCUUUUUUUUUGAGGAGGGAUGGAGGGCGUUUACCUUGAUGCCCCACCAAAGCUAGGCAAGCGUCUUCACUCUGCAGGCUCUGCUUUCUAAUCCGGGUUCUUGAUCUAGGUCGAUCUGGGUUUAUGAUGCCAGGUUUCAGACCAUCAGCGUCACGUGCAUAGCACCCCAGGGAGUGAGCACGUGCCCUUUCAGGUGCGCCCCGCCUGGAGGGGAAUCCUCUUCCUUGGGACUGCAGAUCUUCUGAGAAUGAAAGAACUGACAUUUGCUGAACUGUCACCAUUGAUCAAUUCUGAAAGCUUUAUUAAAACAUUUUAA